AUGGCGACUUUGAACCCUUUCGAUCUCUUAGGAGAUGACGCCGAAGAUCCAAGCCAGAUCGCUGUGGCUUUACCUAAGAAGGUCGAGAAAGCAGCUCCUGUUCAGCCUGCCAAAGGCGCUAAGUUCCCGACCAAGCCGCCUCCUCCUUCUCAAGCUGAGUUACAGAAGAACAAUGAUGGCCCCGUGAAUGAAAAUGGAUUCUCCGGAGGAUACAACAGACCUUCUGGAGAAGGGGAUGGAGCAAGGCGUGGUGGGUAUGUUGUUGGAUACCGUAGUGGUGGUCGUGGAGGAGGUCGUCGUGGGGAAUUUGCCAAUGGUGAAUCAGGUGAUGUUGAGCGACCACGGAGGCACUAUGAGCGCCGUAGCGGGACAGGUCGUGGUAAUGAUCUGAAACGUGAGGGUGGUGGUCGUGGAAACUGGGGUACUACUGAAGAUGAUAUUCCUCUAUCAACCGAGGAACCCACGGCAGAAGGUGAGAAGAGCCCUGUUGUUGAGAAGCAAGGUGGUGGGGAUGACACCACUGAUGCAAACAAAGAGACUCCUGCGGAAGAGCAAGAGGAGAAAGAACCUGAAAAGAAGGAGAUGACACUUGAGGAGUAUGAGAAAAUUCUGGAGGAGAAGAAGAAAGCCAUGCAAGGCGCAAAGGUUGAGGAAAGGAAAGUUGACACUAAAGUGUUCGAGUCCAUGCAGCAGCUCUCGAACAAGAAGAGCAAUGAGGAAAUCUUCAUUAAGCUGGGAUCUGAGAAACGCAAAGAUGCUGCCGAGAAAGAAGAGAAGGCCAGGAAGUCGUUGAGCAUUAAUGAGUUUUUGAAGCCGGCAGAUGGAGAGAGCAACCCGAGAGGUGGAUACCGUGGAAGAGGAGGUCGCGGUGGUCGUGGACAGAGAGAUGGUGGACAGAAAGAUGGAAGAGUUAAUGGAGGAGGAAACCAAAGGUAUGGUGGAGGUCCUGCUCCUGCGAUUGGAGACACUGCUCAGUUCCCCACAUUGGGCAAGUGA